UUUACUUCCCACCCAUAUCCUUCUGAUCGGUUCAUACUCAAUACAUUCUCUCUCUUCAUAAUUUUUCCAUGUUACUGUUUGAUUUGGUACAAGCAUUAAUUGUUAGUUGUUUGAUAUUUGUUGUCACCCACUCUAGAUAAUUUCCUUCUUAUCUCUUUUAAGCUCAUUUUAUGUUAGUAGUAUAUUCAAAUCUAGGUCAAACUUCUUUAGCUUGAAAAAGAUAUCAUCAACAUAACAUAAUGGAGAUUGAAGCUGCAAGUGGUAGCAACAACAAAGGAAACAAUUUUGAUGAGUGUGAAGAGAAAGCAUAUUGUGGUAUUGAUAGAGGAAGUUUCUUAGCAUGGGAAGAUUUGAGAGUUAUAUUACCAAAUUUUGGAAAAGGACCAACUAAAAGGAUUCUUAAUGGGCUUAAUGGGUUUGCUGAGCCCGGUAAAAUCAUGGCUAUUAUGGGCCCUUCUGGCUCUGGAAAAUCCACUUUGCUUGAUUCACUUGCAGGUAGACUCUCAAAAAAUGUGGUAAUGACAGGAAAUGUCUUUCUCAAUGGGAAGAAAAAAACUCCUGGCUAUGGUUUUGUUGCAUACGUAACACAAGAGGAUGUGUUAUUAGGAACUCUUACAGUGAAGGAAACAGUAUCAUAUUCAGCACAUCUUCGUCUUCCAACAACAAUGUCAAAAGAAGAAGUUAAUGGUAUAAUAGAUGGAACAAUCAUAGAAAUGGGUCUUCAAGAUUGUGCUGAUAGGUUAAUAGGUAAUUGGCAUUUGAGAGGUAUAAGUGGUGGUGAAAAGAAAAGACUUAGCAUUGCACUUGAGAUUCUCACAAGGCCUCGCUUAUUGUUUCUUGAUGAACCAACUAGCGGCUUAGAUAGUGCCUCUGCAUUUUUUGUUGUUCAAACUCUUCGAAAUGUUGCUCGUGAUGGAAGGACUGUUAUUUCAUCGAUUCAUCAGCCAAGUAGUGAAGUUUUUGCUCUUUUUGAUGAUCUUUUCUUGCUGUCUGGCGGCGAAACUGUUUAUUUUGGUGAAGCCAAAAUGGCGAUCGAGUUUUUUGCUGAAGCUGGUUUCCCUUGUCCACAUAAAAGAAAUCCUUCUGAUCAUUUCCUAAGAUGUAUCAAUUCUGACUUCGACGUUGUAACGGCUACACUAAAGGGAUCUCAAAGGAUUCAUGACACUCCAAAUUCAGCAGAUCCUUUCUUGAAUUUGGCUACAGCAGAGAUUAAGGGAAUGCUACUUGAGAGAUAUAAGCGUUCAAAGUAUGCCAGAAGGGUUAAAGACAAGAUUCAAGAACAAUCAACCAAUAUAUUACAGGAAAGGGUUGAAAGUGAGACAAAAUAUGGAAGUCAAGCAAGUUGGUGGAAGCAACUCUCCACACUGACAAGGAGAUCAUUUGUGAACAUGUGUAGAGAUGUUGGUUACUACUGGUUGAGGAUUAUAAUAUACAUCAUUGUAUCUAUAUGUGUUGGAACUAUCUAUUUUGAUGUUGGCUAUAGCUAUACUUCCAUUUUAGCUCGAGGCGCCUGUGGCGCUUUUAUAUCAGGAUUCAUGACUUUCAUGUCAAUUGGAGGCUUUCCAUCCUUCAUUGAAGAAAUGAAGGUUUUUUAUCGAGAAAGGCUUAAUGGAUAUUACGGCGUAGCAGCAUACAUUUUAGCCAACUUUCUGUCUUCAUUUCCAUUCUUGGUAGCUAUUGCUCUUACUUCCUGCACAAUCACAUACCACAUGGUGAAAUUCAGGCCAGGAUUUAUUCACUAUGUGUUUUUCACUGUAAACAUCUACGGCUGCAUAUCGGUGAUCGAAAGCCUCAUGAUGGUUGUUGCUUCACUUGUUCCAAAUUUCCUCAUGGGAAUAAUCACAGGGGCUGGAAUUAUUGGAAUCAUGAUGAUGACCUCAGGAUUCUUUAGGUUGCUGUCUGAUCUUCCAAAGCCGGUUUGGCGCUAUCCAAUUUCGUAUAUUAGUUAUGGUGCAUGGGCUAUUCAGGGUUCAUACAAGAAUGACUUGCUAGGGCUUGAGUUUGAUCCACUGAUACCAGGUGACCCAAAAUUGACAGGAGAAUAUGUGAUAACACACAUGUUAGGGAUUGAAUUGAGCCAUUCAAAGUGGUGGGACUUAGGAGCACUAUUCCUCAUUCUCAUAUGUUACAGAAUUCUGUUCUUCAUUGUUCUCAAGUUCAAAGAGAGAGCAUCACCAUUAUUUCAAACACUUUAUGCAAAGAGAACAUUACAUCAGCUUGAGAAAAGACCUUCUUUCAGGAAAAUGCCUUCUUUUCCUUCAUUGAGGCAUCAACCACUUCAUUCAUUGUCUUCUCAAGAGGGUCUUGAUUCUCCACUCCAAUAAAUUAAACCACAUAACAAUAUAUAAAUAUAUUUAUUUAUCUUUAUAAUUAAUUUCUACUGGAUUUUUAGAAAUUAGUUAGUUGCUUUCAUAUGAACACAACAAAAUUGUAUUUUUGUUUUGUUAGUUUAUGUAUAGAGGAAAUAUUUUAUAACUAUUCCAAUUAAG